GAGUUCCGGCUUCCGGCGCGGCGCUUCCGGGUCCGGGGCUGGGGCCGGGUGCGGGGCCGGGCGCGGCCGGGGGUCGGGGGCCGCGGGCCCUCGCCAUGCGCUACAACGAGCGGGAGCUGCUGAGCCUGGCCCGGCAGCCCGCCGAGAAGGCGGCCGAGGUCCUGAUGCGGGUGCCCAAGAAGGGCAGCGUGUUAAAGAAACGCCUCCUGAAGCUCGUUGUCAACUUUCUCUUCUACUUCCGGACAGAUGAAGCAGAGCCCAUCGGAGCUCUGCUGCUGGAGCACUGCAGGAUCACCAAAGAAGAGGAGAACGUCUUCUCCAUCAGUUUCAUUGAGGAACCAGAGAGGAAAUACUGCUUUGAAUGUGACAGCGAAGAGCAGUGUCAGGAGUGGAUUGAGGCACUCAAGCGAGCCAGCUAUGAGUUCAUGAGGAGAAGCUUGAUUUUCUACCGGAAUGAGAUCCAGAAAAUGACAGGGAAGGACCCCCUGGAGCAGUACGGGAUCUCCGAGGAAGCCCGCUUCCAGCUGGCAACGCGCAAGCAAUAAGCCCCACACUUGAGCUGAACUGGCUCUGGCCACACCUCGCUGGAGUCACAGCUGAGCUCCUGCAGGAGGAACAG